AUGAUGAUAAUACCAACAUGGAUCGGACUUGGGAUAUGUGUUUUAUCAUCGUCAAUUGUUAAAGCUGGAUAUCUAAGUGUGAAUAUGACGACAGCAACACAAUGUGGUACUUCACUUGUUCAAUGGAGUGGUGAUUCUGGUCCAUAUCAUUUACUACUAACUCCUACCGAAUUCAAACAACAUGGAUAUAAUGUUUGGAUCGAAUCAAUACCUGAUGGAACGAAUGACUAUGAUUUACCAAUAAGAUUACCUGAAGGAUUACAAUAUAUGUUGACUGUUUGGGGUUCGUCUGGUAUUCGUUAUGCCGCAACGACAGAUGUUUUAACCGUUCAAGCUUCACCUAAUCAGAACUCAUCUUGUUUCCUGAGUGAUGAUGCCAUCCUUAAUCUCUAUACAUUCUCAUUCAACUUGACUUCCAAUUCAGGAGAUUAUCCACCUCAAUGUUCGAAUAUAAGCCUGACCUGGCCCUCUUCAUUGGAAUCAAACGUCACUUCAGAUUACGUCUCUGCGAACCAAACGACCACUCAAGCUCUAUCACCAAGAUCAACAGCUUUUGAUGCCGAUUUUGUCAAUUCCGAACUCGACAGAAAUAUCGAAUCGAAUCUGAAUGUGAAGACGGAUUUAGACUUGGACUUGGCCUUGGAAUUUCUGCAGGAGAGAGAUGCAAGUUCAAGUGAACAUAAUGGAAAUACAACUCAUCCACCAACAAUGUUUGGUAUAAUACCUUUAGGAAAUUCAUUUUCAAUUCCAAUCACAUAUAACACUAAAUCUAAAUAUGCCAAAUACCUACCUGAUUCUUCGUUAUCCGAUAAUCCUACGACGUACACCAGUCAAGGUGUCACACACCUCAAUUGGACUGUAGAUCUGGCGAAAGGAACUAGAUUCAUACUAGUAGCUGGUAUUGGAAGUCAAGAAGAAUGGGCAAGCGGUGGUUCAAGUAGUAUGUUCACUGUCGGUCAAGGAAGUUCAGGUUGUAUAGGAAGCGAACAAAGUGGAAAUAGUGGUGCUCCCAGUGUAACUGCUUCUUCUUCAGCUCCAACAGGUACUUCCGACCAAGACAAUAGCCCCCCUCCUUCCGGAAGCAACAACACUAUCAGAACGGUUGUAGCCAGUGUUCUCUCUGUAAUCGCUACCCUCGUUCUGGUCGGAUUGAUAUUCCUCUGCAGAAGAGCACGAAAUCGACGUAGAUCUCGAUCAGAAUUAGCAGGAGGUGGAUUACACAAGAGGAAUAAUGGAAAGGCAAUAGCUUCAGAUCAAUUGACAGUCAAUUCCGAAACCCCUUUAGAUUUAAUUGAAUCUAGAAACGAUGGAACGGUAUCGAAUCCACCUAGACUUUCACCUUUAGUGUUAGACAGUAAUAACGCUGGUACACAUUCUUCCACUACCGCAGUAUCACCAAUGGAAUUGUUUAAUCCAUUCGCAGAUAAUCUAUCACCUGCAAUUUCACCCUCGCCAUCCAAACAGCCUUUCUUACCGGGACCAUCGAGAGGAACCACUGUAGAUGAUUCAACUACAGGAACAGGUACGGGCACGGGUACAUGGUCAUCAACGCCAACUUCGCCUAUUAGAGGCAACCCAAUGACAAGAAACUCGUCUCAAGAUGCCCUACUGCCAAUUACGGGAUUCUCAGAUCAUUACCGAUCAUCAAGCACUCCGCCGCCGCUCCCACUGAAUUUCAGAGAUGCGCACACGUCACGUGCUGGUCCAUUACAAUUACACGAUAGACGAUCAAGAAACUUUGACCCUAUGUCAGAAGAAGGUGAUGGUUUCGAAGAGGACGGAGGAGAAGAAAGUGAAAUGACCGAUCUGAAGAGAGAUACAAUAGCUUAUUUAGGUGGUAAUACCGGUAACCAAACCAACUCAUCUUCAAGAAGAAGAGGCGGUGGCGGAGGAGGAGGACGUGGAGGAAGUUCAAUAGCUUCUGCACCUAGCGGAAAUACAAAUACGAAUACAGGUAGGAGAAGGAGAUACCAAGAAUCAGAACCUGAAUAUGUAAUACAUAGAGAUGGAGGAAGAGUGAUCCAUCCACAGCAGGAAGAAGAGAAUUCGAAUAUAUUGGAGUUACCUCCUAGGUACGAAGAAGUCAAUUGGGAACAAACAAGGGAAAGAGAAGAUAUGGAAGAGAGAGAACGACAAACUAGAUGA